CCCCUCCCCCCCUUCUCAUCCGCAAAUUCCCCUUUUCUCCACUCCAGCAGCCGCCUCCGCCGUGCUGCCUCCGACCGCGCCGGGAGAUGGUGCCUCGAGCCGCUUCAAGCAGGCCAAGCCAGCUGCAACCCCUCUUCCUUCUCUCACUUGGCUUUUCUCUUCUCCUUCUUCUCUCUCAUUCUCUGUUUUCGCCAUGGACAACUGCAGCACCCUGCCCACCGUCUCAGUCAGCCUCAUGCUCCUCCGCCUCGAUCUGUCAGCCUCGUCGCCGGAGCAGCCGGAUCCGCCGUCUCCUGCCUGCCUGCCGUCGGGAGAGGAGGACAACUGAGAGGAACACCCUUUUUCUCCACUCCAGCAACCGGCCUCCCCGCGCUGCCUCCUCCAACCGCGUCAUGAGAGCCGCCUCAAGCAGGCUAGGGAGUCACCAUGGAACAUUACCUGCAGCACCCCCGCUCGCCUUGGAGCUCGCCGCCUCCGGCCAUCACUUCGUCGGCCUUGUGCUCCUCCGCCUCGAUCCGUCCGACCAGCCGCUGCCUCAUGCCUCGCGUGCUGUCGGGAGGAGCGCCCGUUCAGACCGCGCGGAUGGACGACGGCGCGUAGGCAGUGUAGAGCGCGGCGUCGCCCCUCACCUUCUCAUCCUCCGCCGCGCUGGAAAGGGAGCAGAUAAGAGAUAAGAUAACUGCAUGCACUGCGGGUUGAAUAUCUCAAAUGACAAGGGGUUGUAUGAAAAAACGGACCGUUACUCAGAUAUAUUCACAUAUAAAUUCACUUAAAAAGGGAUUGCGGGUUUAA